AGGGGCUGUCAGCGGCGCGGCCAAUGCUGUGGCCCCGCGCGUGGGCCGUGAGGGGAGGCUGAGGGAGGCGGCGCUCAUCUCUGCUCCCGGCUGCUUUCCCGCAGCAGCGUCUGUCGUCGUCGUCUCCGGGCUGAAGGAGCCAUGGUGGUCGAGGAGUCGUCUCCGUCGCAAGCGCUGCUGGCCCUGGCUCUGUCGGAGGCGGCGGCGGGCGGGUCUCCCGGCUACAGCUGCGGCGAGACGGUGUCCGGGCGGGUGCUGCUGGAGGUGGCGGCGCGGCUGCCCCUCCGUGCCCUCAGACUCGAGGCCAGCGGGCAAGCCCGGGCCGCUUGGAGCGAAGGAGCCGCCGCCCCGAAUACUCCCUCGGCGGCGACGGCAGGAUCGGGGGGCGGAGGAGGGGCCCGCCUGGAGGCGGAGGUGCCCUACCUGGACGUCCGGCAGCACCUGCUCGGGCAGGACCCUUGCCCGGCCGGUGAUGAGAGCUUAAUCAUGUUAGAAGCUGGAAAACACGAAUUCCCUUUCAGUUUUCAACUUCCCCAGCAGCCCUUGGCAACCUCUUUCACGGGAAAGUAUGGCAGCAUUCAGUACUGCGUGAAAGCAACCCUGGAAAGGCCAACAGCCCGCAGUCAAACUGUGAAGAGAGAGUUCCAGGUGAUCAGCCACAUUGAUGUCAACUCGCCACUUCUUCUGACUCCUGUAAGGCGAAGCCAGGAGAAGAUGAUUGGCUGCUGGUUUUUCACUUCUGGCCCAGUUUCUCUGAGUGCCAAAAUUGAGAGGAAGGGAUAUUGUAAUGGUGAAGCUAUACCAAUUUAUGCAGAAAUUGAAAAUUGUUCCUCCCGUUUAAUUGUUCCAAAAGCUGCCAUUUUCCAAACACAGACUUACCUGGCUAGUGGGAAAACAAAAACUUUUCGACAGAUGGUUGCCAAUGUGCGUGGAAAUCACGUUGCUUCUGGGAGCACAGAUACCUGGAAUGGGAAAACUUUGAAAAUUCCACCUGUAACCCCUUCUAUUCUUGACUGCUGUAUUAUCAGAGUUGAAUAUUCCUUAGCGGUGUACAUUCAUAUUCCUGGUGCUAAAAAGUUGAUGCUUGAGCUGCCUCUGGUGAUUGGCACAAUUCCGUGUACUACAUUUUCCAGCAGAAACGCCAGUCUUGCCAGCCAGUUCAGUAUGGAUAUGAGCUGGCUGGCACUGACAAUGCCAGAGCAUCCAGAAGCACCACCCAAUUAUGCCGAUAUAGUAUCAGAGGAAGAGUUCUCGAGACAUGUCACCAUUUAUCCACAAUCAGUUGACUGCGAUGAACAACUAUGCUGUCCUAUGUUUGCCUACAUACAGGAGUUCCGGUUUCAGCCCCCACCUCUCUAUUCAGAGAUUGAUCCACAUCCUACUGAGGUAGAAAAUAAUUAACCAGUUCCAAUAAUGGCUUAAGGAUUCCUUUGAAAAAGCUGCAUCUCAUCAGAUGGAAUGUCUUGAUUUCAUUUUCUACAGCCUCUGUUUGUUGUAAAGCUUUUUUAAAAAGCGAUUUCUUGCUUAAAGGUGAAAACAGGCAGGUUUCAAGGCACCUGAAGUAUUAAGACAGCAUAUGUAGUGCAGGGGGAGAUGGAAGAAAGCCUUGUAGAUUCUUUGGCACAAAAGAAGCCAUGAAGUCAGAUUAGCAGAAAGUGGCCCCUUUCUUACCUCGAGCAAGUGAAACACAUCUGAGAAGAAUGAAGAUUGAGAAAUUGGUGCAUAUAGUACAACAGUCAUGCUGAGGAUAUUUUAGUGAGCAGCAAAGCCACACAAGUGUAGAAGGACUGCAUUGAGGAGACUUAUGUGUACAACUAAACUACCUUGAGCAGGAAGAUAAAAAUGAAGGAAGGUUCUAAAAAGUACCCCAUCUAUUUAUAAGGGCUUAAGGUUCGCUUUUGGCACCCAAGCAAGACAAUCUGAGAUCCUGACUCAAGUCAGCAUCAAAAAUAAGAUUGUGUUAAUUUUUUUUAAAAAAACUUGUCAAGUGGUGAUACUAAAAUGCACACUGCUUUAGAGAGAUAUUAAAGAUAUAUAGUGAUGAAGGUGCAGGCUUUUUACAAUUACAAAUGGCAGAAAUUUAUUUCAUUAGUAAAGCUGAUUUUUGUAGCUGGUCUGCACUUCAAGUUUUUUGUUUUUAAAGGGAAGUAUAAUUUUUGUAUAACUGCAGGGCUUUUUUCUGCAUCUGCAGCAAUGGGACAAAAUCCGGCAAGGUGCCAGUGGCAGCCAAAAUACUCAGCCAAUACUUAACUUCAGCAACUUGAGCUACUGCUACUAGAGCAAUUAUAGUUGAGGUGUUUUAACAUUGUGUAGGAAUUUCUAUAAAGAAGAAUGAAAGGAGUAACUAUGAUUUCCAGCAAUGAAUUUCUGUGUUUAAAAGCCUUAAAAAAAAAUCUACCUCUCUUUUGGAUAUGGGAACAGAGACCAAAAAGUGUAAUUCUUCAGAAUUUGAUUUGCUCCCUUUAUUUUCCAGCGUGGAUAUAAUUUGUGUAUGAUCUGGGGAGGUGGGGGUGGGAGGGCAGUCCUUUGAGAAUCAUAAUUUUGCAGGAGAGUCCUCCAUACAAGCAACAUGAGAACCUCUCAACAUGCAUGUAUUGAUGUACAAUAGACUGGCUCACUUAUCAGAGCAUUGUUAUUUGCUAUCUUCAGGAUUGAGCUAUGUUUUAUUGUGGUGCAAUAUAUAAUAAGAGUUGUUCCUCAGGUCAUUCAGAAUAAUGAGUUUUAUUGCUAAGGGUAAAGUCUCAUCUUAGGGCUGCCUCAUAGAUUGAAGGAAAUCCUGUAUAGUAUGCACAUUAUCAUUUUAAGCACAUACUUGAAGGCACAUAGCAACAUAACAACAACAACUGUAUAUAUUAUACCUGACAACAAACUGAAAUUGUCCAGCUAUUACCUUUGCAUGCAAGUUUAACAAAACAAUAGUUCGGACAAGAAAAACUACUGCUUGUUUUUACAUGAUUAUGCAGGCACCUGCAUGAUGCUCCCUUUUCCUUCAGAUCACCCCUUUUAAAAAAACUUUUCUAUCAAGCCUUCGGCACAAUCACUUUGUACCUUGUCCAGGCCUACUAUGACUUAGCCUAAUCAUGCAUAUAUUUCCCUGUUUACCCCGCCUCCUCUUCCCUUACUCUCUUCUGUACCAAAUUAUGGAUUGUAAGCCUUCUGGGCAGGGACCUAACCUCUUGUACACUGUAAAGUGACAUGCACUUUGAUGGUCCUAUGUGAGCAAUAAAUAAUUUUGCAGCAGGCACCAUCUUAAAGAAAAAGGAAUGCCUCUGAGCUUCCUGCCACUUUAAAAAUGAUGUUUAAAAUAGUUUCCAAACACAAAGCUGCUGCCUGAUUUAAUUGGGCACACCACUUUUAAUCAAUUUUACUGUAAUAGAGUAAUCAACUCAACACUGGAGUUUUAAUGUGUA